AUUUUGCACAUGGAUUUAAGAGGUGCCAAUCCCAGUCGUAGAUAAAAUGGGAGGAUCGUGUCAGAAAAAGCAUCCGGAGUAAAACCAGUGCCAAAUCAACUGUGCAGACCAGACGAUGUGCCGUGGAAACCCCAAAGAGGGAGCAGCUGAAAGAACAAAACCACCACCACCAGUCUUUAUGCUAAAUCUGUUAGAAUCAUCAUGGCAGAACUUCAUAACACAAAGUCAGUUAAACUACAAGCAUAUCAAUCUGUCCCAUUAGGGAACCUGCAUUGAUGCAAAGGAAAGUGACAACAGACGAUUGGGCCGAAGGAGGGCUGGCAGGUGUACAGUUCAGCUCAGGAUGCAGACGGUCGCUGUAUCUGUACAGUAGUGGCCCCGGAGCAGAACCUCUGUUCCAGAGAUGCUAAGAGUAGACAGUUACGUCAACUACUGGAGAAGGUCCAGAACAUGUCACAGUCUAUUGAAGUGCUGAACCUGCGCACUCAGCGGGACUUCCAAUACGUCAUGAAGAUGGAGAACCAGAUGAAAGGCCUCAGGACAAAGUUCAGACAAAUCGAAGAAGACCGCAAGACCAUCAUGGCCAGAAACUUCAAGGAGCUGAAGGAUCGAAUGGAUGAGCUGCAGCCUUUAAUCCCUGUGCUGGAGCAAUACAAAACAGACACUAAGCUCAUCACGCAAUUCAAAGAGGAGAUCAGGAACCUGUCGGCCGUCCUGACGGGGAUCCAGGAUGAGCUGGGGGCGUAUGAUUAUGACGAGCUCUACCACAGAGUGAUGAGCCUCGAGAGCCGUCUGCGCAGCUGCAUGAGCAAACUUACAUGCGGCAAGUUAAUGAAAAUCACAGGACCCGUGACCAUAAAAACGUCAGGCACACGGUUCGGUGCGUGGAUGACCGACCCGAUGGCAUCUCCAAGAAACAACAGAGUCUGGUACAUGGACACGUACACCAACAGCAAGGUGGUGCGAGAGUACAAAACCAUGGCGGAUUUUGUCUCAGGCCAAGAGUCUCGAACGUACUCCCUUCCAUUUAAAUGGGCAGGGACCAAUCAUGUUGUGUAUAAUGGAUCGCUGUACUACAACAAGGAGCAAAGCAACAUUGUGGUCCGGUACAGCUUUGAGACAGGUCGUGUCCUGGCUCAGCGGGCACUUGAGUAUGCCGGAUUCCACAAUGUCUACCCGUACACCUGGGGAGGCUUUUCAGACAUUGAUCUAAUGGCUGAUGAGAUGGGGCUGUGGGCUGUCUACGCUACUAACCAGAAUGCAGGGAAUGUUGUGAUUUCCCACAUAGAACCUGAGACGUUGGAGCCUCUAAGCACUUGGAACACGGAGUACUCAAAACGCAAUGCUGGUGAGUCAUUCAUGAUCUGUGGAACACUCUAUGUUACCAACUCACACCUUACUGGGGCAAAGGUCUACUAUUCCUACGACACAAAGACAUCCACCUACGAGUAUGUGGACAUCCCGUUUCACAACCCAUACUUCCACAUCUCCAUGCUCGACUACAAUGCUCAAGAGAGAGCACUCUAUGCCUGGAACAAUGGCCACCAGGUGAUUUUCAAUGUCACGCUCUACCAUGUCAUCAAAACCGAAGACGACUCAUAAAGACAGAGAAUCUCUAUGGCUGUGCCAGUUUUUUUCCUGUUUGCCUGGAACAGUGGUCAUCUUCAGUGUCAUGUUCUACAGUGUUUGUUCAUAAAAAAACAAAUGGUAAUAAAGAGAGGGUGGAGGUGCUCCAGGGCUUGAUUGCCUGGAACAGGAUCCACAAGGUCACCUUCAACAUUAUACACCUUAUCAAAUUCAACACAUGGGACGAAGAGGACUAUGUGGCUAUGAUGGGAUUUUCUUCAAGCUUGCCGAGAAAAAGAGUCCAGCGGCUAUCACAGGAGUUACUUGUUUGCCUGGAACAGCGGGUACCAUGUCACAACCCAGACGAUCAAAAAUGAGCACGAUUCUUGAAGAACGAAGUGGAUACGCGGACACCAUUUUCUCACUCUGCUACAUCAUUAGUUACAAAACUGAGGACAGGCUCGUUAUUCUGGUCCCAGCUGCUCCAGAGACCAUUCAGAAAGAUAGGGUGUGAAGCAGAAACACAUGCUGGCUGGACUUACAAGUCCAUGUGCACAGGCAUUCAUACCUGGGGCAAAUUAGCCGAGCCAAGCCACCCUCCGACAUGAUUUGGGAGGUGUGAGGAACCCAGAGAACCUGAAGGAAACAGUAAAAACAUGCGAAAAUCCAAAUAAGGACAACACAAAGUUUUUUAACAGAUAAAAGGAGUAGCUUGUGUACGUCAACAACAACGGCCAAGUCACCUUCAGAUUUACUCUCCGGCACAUUAUUAAAACUGAAGACUGACUUUCUCGUUCAGUUAAAUCAGUGCUCAUCAACCUGCAGACCUGCAUGGUCCAGAAAAAAAAAAUAAAUUAUGUAUGAACAUAAACGAUUACGAUCACAUGCAUGAACAAAAACGAUUUAGGUGAAAGCAGCUCUUUUACACAGAGCCUGAGAGAUCUAUAGACUGAGGGAUAUGAGUUCAGAACCAAGAGUGUUUACACAUGUUUUUUUUUUUUAUUUAUUUAUUCUCUCUGGUCUAAUUAGUGAAUUUACUAGAAUUAAUUGAUGAUAAUUUAGCAUCGAAGGUAGUUGAACACCCCUUGAGGGGGCGGCACGGCGACUUAAUGGUUAGAACGUUCGCCUCACGCCUCCAGGGUCGGGGGUUCGAUUCCCACCUCCUCCUUGUGUGUGUGGAGUUUGCAUGUUCUCCCCGUGCCUCGGGGGUUUCCU